AAAUAUCCCGGAAGUGACAAAAAUUUCAUGAAAAAAGACAUCCUUUUCUCAGAAUCUAUUUCGUCAUUCCAUUCAAAGCGAACAAUUUAGGAAGGACUUUUAGUUUCUGGCUUAAGCUGUCUUUAAUUUUCAUUGAUUUGGUAAGGCGGAAGUGGUUUUUGAUCAGGUUGAACUUGCACACAUCAUUCCCUGGCCCUACAUCUACAUGAUAGUACAUGCCCUAGGAACCAAAAGAGAAAGAGCUGAGUUUGCCAAGUAAAGUUUAUGUUCAGCUGAUGUGGCAUUUAUAACAAUGACAUCAGGCAGUGAAGUUGAUGAUAGACGGAAUUGCUGGGUUUGUUUUGCAAAUGAUCAGGAUGAUCCAGAUGCUCCUUGGGUCAGACCUUGUCGGUGUCGUGGGACGACGAAAUGGGUUCAUCACUCCUGCCUCCAGCGAUGGGUAGAUGAAAAACAGAAGGGAAACAGUACAGCCAAGGUGUCUUGUCCACAGUGUAACACAGAGUACAUCAUAGUGUUUCCCAAGUUAGGCCCGGUUGUGUAUGUGAUGGAAGUUGCUGACCGUUUCAUCUAUAAGGUUUGCCCAUUUGUAGCUGGUGGUAUCUUUAUUGGGUCAGUCUAUUGGACAGCUGUUACAUAUGGUGCUGUUACUGUCAUGCAGGUCCUUGGUCAUAAGGAGGGUCUCGGGGCAAUGGAGAAGGCUGAUCCGUUGUUCCUCCUGAUAGGACUCCCCACAAUCCCCGUCAUGUUAAUCCUGGGUAAAAUGGUUCGGUGGGAAGACUACCUUCUCAAGAUGUGGAGAAAACAUGCAUCAAAACUGCCUCUCAUCAGUUAUUUAUUUCCAACAGAACCUCAGGGCAUUUCACGGAUUCCCGCAGAUUCCUCAACCAACUUUUCUGAUCCGAUCUCAGCUACUCGAGUUCUCUGCGGAGCAUUGAUCCUACCAACCAUUGCUACUGUUGUUGGGAAGCUUAUGUUUGGAAAUGUACAAUCAAAUUUUCAAAGAACUUUACUGGGUGGUAUUGCAUUCAUUACAAUAAAGGGGGCGCUAAAAAUCUACUAUCGGCAACAACAAUACAUGAGGCAGGCCCAGAGGAAGAUCAUGGAUUUUCCCGAGGAAUUGUUACCAGUGUCAAAAACAAGCAAGCCAAUGGAAUCGACAUCAUAAAAUCAGGGCUUUGAUAAUGGGAAUGUAGGGUUGUGUGUUUGUGUGUUAAGUUUAACAAGAUGAGGAAUUUCUGUCUGCUCUUUUGUAAUAUCAGUAUAAAUGGACAUCUUAGAAUAACGUACGGCCCGCUUGUUCAAAUCAAGUUAGUCGCUUACCUUGGAAUUAGAUUAACUUUUACUCAAGUCUGAUGGACUUGACUGAAAGAGAUAAAACCAAGUUGAGGUUAAUGCCAUUGACGUACCUUGUUGUGAACAACCAUGUCCAGCUUGGCAUAGGGGCUUCUUUGUAAGAGUUUUAGAGGUAAUGGGUGAACAGUGGCUGUUCUUCACUGGCUGUGGCAUGAGCAUGGAUGACGGGCUGAUUUCCUGACACUGGACGCAGGUUGAGAGAACUGCCCAGGACAGGAGGAAGUGGAGGAAUCUUGUGGGAAACAUAUGCUCCACAUGAAGUGAGAGGAUAUAAGUCAUGUAAAUCAAAGAUAACCCAACCCAAGCCGAGGCAAGCAAAUGUAAUGUGUUGGUGAAGUUGUUUUUGUGGUGGGUUGAUCUGAGUCUGAUCACUUGAGAUGAAAGCUAAACUAUGGUUGUGUAUGCAUGGUGGGUAAAGGUAUCGGUUUGCCUAAGAGAAAUACACGCUCACCUUGAGAGGAAGUGACAACACAAACGAAACACACAGUAUUAGUUCAUUUAUUAUUUUUAUCCGAUUGUACCCCUCCAACACUGUAAUGGGAGGGCCUGUCGAUAUCUACACCAAGACGUCACAGGGUAUAUCCAUUGCUCCAGGAAGCGCCUUACUAGUGCAUCGUUCCACAUGGAAAGGUUCGCAUGGAGGACCACCUCUGUCCUUUACCGAAAGAGUAGUUUUGAUGUCUCUAGUUUGUAUGUUUCGUGUCCCCCACCCGUUGAGACGCUUUAGAGCCAUUGCAUUUUUUAGCCUGCCCUAAGCAGGAUAGCAUGGUUGUUGUGCAUGGUAUAACAAAGCCGCCUGCUUAUCUCCUCAGAUCCUUCUAUGUCCUCGUCAUCAUCGCAGAUGGAGACAGUAUCACCAGUAGUCACUCAUCGUCGCUGUUGCAUCUUUUGAACAGCCAUCGUAGUUUCUCAGCACAUGGGCUGCGAUGCUUUCUAGCUUGUAGCACUUCAUGAGGACAUGGUACGUUGCACGAUAAUGGUCCUUAUUCAGUGUAGAAUAGAUCAUGGCAUGAAAGGAUACAUCUCAUCUGUAAUCUAUUCCAGAGAAAGUGUAGAACAGUUCUUACAGUGCUCUCACUGAACAAUAUUUUAAGUUUUUAGUGUGUCUUUUGGAAGAAGGGUGAUUGUGAUAGCCUACAGUCCAAAUCACAAUUGUCAUCCCUAAAUUUGUGUCAUUGACGUGUUAGUGGCACGUGUUUGAUGGGCGCGUAAAAUAUGCGAAACAGAGAGAUACACGCGUCACUUGUGCAUCAUUGAUGCGCAACUAGCGUGUACGUUACAUGUCAAUGACGCAAAGCAGGAAGGAUGUCAAUUGUGAUUUGGACUGUAUGUUUAUCUUGUAUAGACUUUAUCAUGCUAUUAAUAAUUGUUCCUGUUCAUUGUUUAUAUGAUUAAAACAAUUGUAAAUUUCAAUUUGAUGUAAAUUAAAUGAUAUAGAAU